AUGCUGCUCCAGCCGAUCCCGAUGUACAGCCUGCGACAAGCCGCCGUCCCGGCCUUCCAUCCCGUCUCUCCCCCUUCCGCCGUCGGCGCCAAGGAAAACCUCGGGCAGAUGUGCGCGGAUCCCUACGAGCCCGACGUCGACGCCGACCUCCGGGCCAAGGAGAGGGACUCCAGGGAGCACCCCGACGCCGACUACAUGUCCAAGAUGCAGCAGGGCCACAUCAGCCCGUCCAUGCGCGCCGAGCUCGUGCUCUGGAUGGGCGCCUUCGCCGGGCACCUCGGCGGUCUCCCGGAGGGCACGCUCUGCCGCGCAGUCGUCUACCUCGACCGCGUCCUGUCCGUGCGCCCCAUGCCGGCCCACGACCAGGCGCUCCAACUCGUGGCCGCUGCCGCCGUCUCCCUCGGGGCCAAGUACGAGCAGUCCUUUAGCGGGCGGAGGCUCGACGCCGACGUUGUCGAGGCGUUUCACGGGACCACCGUGCACGCGGUGGAGGCGAUGGAGUGCGAGCUCGUCAUGGAUCUCGGUUGCCUCAUGGAUGGCCCGACCGCGUACAGCGUUCGUCGGCCACUUCACAAGGUUCUUCGGGCGGGAAGAUGA